CACAGAGCAGAGGGAACUAUGAAUGAAAAUACCUGCAAAUUAUUCCAAAGACUUGCUCAAAAGAUGGGCUGGACCGCGGAUGAGGAAGGACUGGACGCUGCAGAACAAAAGCUGUUAAAAACAAUUGGAAAGACUCGUCACGCUGCCACGAGUGUUCAUCGAUCGACCUCACCGGACCAGUUUACCUUUUCUGACGAUGAGGAUGAUCCAGACAAGGAGAACCAAUACUCCAAGGGCAACGAUUACAGAAACAAGUCGUUGAUCGAGUCUAGUGAUGAUGACUUUGACCAAUUUCUAAAGGAAAGGGCUACACCGAAAGCUAAACCUACCUCACAGAAACCAUGUAGUGCUGCAAAGAAAGGCAGUUCAGAUGUUCUUGUGUUGAGCUCGGAUGACGACGGUUUUGAGACAUUUCUACAACGAGUGAAAACCCCCAGUGCCAAGCCUAAGCAAAUAUCAGGGAGUGGGAGUGAAGAUAGCCUCAAAAACUUCAUAGUGGAUGACUACUCAUCAGAUAAUGACUUUAUUGAGACAAAAUCAUCCUUUAAAGUCCCUACAAAGAGUACCACUCCAGCGGCCCAGCGUCCUCCCAGGAGACCACUUUCUCAGUGGGACUCCCCAGUCUUUGUUAGUGACAGUGAUGAUGAGGAUAAUAUUGUGGUCAAGAGCACUUGGAGGACUCGUCGCUCAAAACCUAAGCCCCCGCCAAAGGCUACCAAGAAUAAUGCUCUGCAGUGUGAUAAAGAGGACAGUCCCUUCCCUUCUCCCUUUUCUCUCCUUCCCCACAAAACUCCAACAUCACUGGCCUCUCCCAAACGCACUCUUUCAGCACCUUCUAAACUGGAUGAGUCGGCCAGUUCUGAGGAGGAGUUCACAUCCUUGCUGGAGAGACUGAAGAAGAAAAACAACCUUACUGCCACUUCAUUCUCGCCUAAGAACCGCCAUGAAUGCAAUAAGGAGCCUCCUGUGUCUGUUCCUCGUGCAAAGGGACCAGCCACUAAAUCCUUAAGGGAAACACCUCUACAUGUGAAGACACCAGGAAAAUCCGCCGUCUCCAAUCCCACAGUCAGUCAGACAGAGCCCAGACACGGCCCCAUCAGCAGGGUAACAUUGUGUAAGACCCCAGGGUGCUUCUUGCAGUCCCUAUCAAACCCUGGCACCAGCUAUGGCCGCAAUUUUAAGCAGAACAAGGAAGAACUCACUAGUAAACUCUACCUGCUGUACAAUAACAGUGUGUUUGACAGUAAGCUCCCCACCAAUAUGUCAGUGACUUGGAAUAAGAAGAUGCGGAAAACGGCUGGUUACUGUAUCACCGGGCAGGAACGAGGUGGAGGGAGCCGCUAUGCCCGCAUUGAACUGUCAGAGAAAGUCUGUGAUUCUGCAGAUCGUCUCAGGGACACACUGAUUCAUGAGAUGUGUCACGCUGCAACCUGGCUGAUUAAUAGUGUAAGGGAUGGGCACGGGCCCUUCUGGAAGCUGUACGCUCGCAAGGCCACAGUGGCGCACCCUGAAUUGCCCAUGGUCACUCGCUGCCACAGUUACGACAUCAAGUACAAGUUCCAGUACCAGUGCACCCGCUGCCAGAACACGAUUGGGCGUCAUUCCAAGUCACUGGACACGCAGAGGUUCGUGUGCGCGCUCUGCACAGGACAGCUGAUCUUACUGACGCCUGCCAAGCAGCGCGCCCCCACACCUUUUGCCAACUUUGUCAAAGAGAAUUAUAAGACUGCGCGACAGGAGCUAGCAGGACAAGGCCACGCGGAAGUGAUGCGUAAACUUAGUGCCGACUUUGCCUCCAAGACUAAACUGAGUGAAAGCUGAGAUCUUAAUGCUCACUGGACUGAGCUAUACAACCACAGGAGACUUAUUCAAAUUCUGAAAUACCUCAGUCAACUCGUCUUACAUUAGUGAGCAGCUAUGAUGAUUAAUAUUGAAUCUAUUUUUUUGUGUGUUUUUAAUGUCAUUUCUGUAUUUGUCAGUAUGUGAAUAUGGACUCAAUCUGCUGUAACUGGAAAAUCUGAGCCAGCAUUCCCGAGUGUGUCUGUGUGCACUUUUUGGUGUAUUUGUUAUCUGUUAUCCCCGGUAUUUAAUACAUAUUGGAGAUCAGUUUCAGGAAUUGGCAUUGUACAGUACUGAGUUAAAGGUACGAUUAGAUCCAUAUAUUUUUUAUAUUUGACUAGUUUGAUUUUCCUGUUAUGAACUCUAAAUAAAGUUUUUAAUUUGUGACUGUG